AUGAACACCAAUCGAAGCGGGGAUGGCGAUUUCAAUUGCCGCGUCAGACUGAACCACGUGCUGGCCAUUUUGGUGAGAAAAGAGGGCUGUAGAGCGGAUCCCGGCGAAUUCUGGAUGUACGAAAAUGGAUAUCUCAUAUUCCAGGGAUUAAUAUCUUCGAAUUCCAUUUGCUGGUGGAACAACGGUUUAAAUGGAGCGACUAAAAAUUUGGUGUACUACGGUUACGUGAGUCCCGGCGCGCUGCUCGUAGCUGCCGAGCCCUGCGCUUUGGAAAUCCUGAGGAACGCCUGGUCCCGAAGGGUGCUCCAGCCUCCUCCGGGAUACCAAAUAGUAGCUUUAGAGGACAUCGAGCAAUCUACCACGAUUCCAGUGCCACAAACCCAAUGGACGCCCCUACCGGAGGCCGUGUGCUCGGUGGUGUUGAGGCUUUCGAGCCAGGGUAGGCCGGCCGGUAUCGAAACCAUCCGAGAAUCGCUGAUUUUGGCGUUCCCGCAUGUAUCUCCGCCGAGCGAGCCGACCCUUUACGACACCCUGGUACAACUGACUAAAGAGAAGAAGCUUUACAACACGUCUAGCGGUUAUUUCAUCGUCACUCCCGAACGAAGACGGUCGAGAAGCCAAUCUAGAGGACGCAAGAAAGAUGAUAACGGAAUGGAUCCUUUGAGUAACAGGACCAUGCUUAUGUCGACGGAGGAAGCAGUUGCUAUGGUUCACGGCGAUAUGGCUACUAUUAGAGACGGCAACAUUACUCACCAGUGCAUACAAACUAAUCUAGCAGAUGUCAUUUGCGGAGGAAAUUCUAGCGACAAAGUUCUUUAUGCCAGGAGUAAGAGGAGAUCGUCGUCGUUUCCCUCUCCAAGGAGCCCCGAUCGAAGAGGCUCGUUCCGAUUGUGGAAUUCGACCAGAAGACUUCGAAGAUCAGCUUCAACGCGAACCUUGGCUAAGCACUAUGUCGACACCAGCAGUAGUACCGAGUACCCCAACAGCGGUGAAUCUACACCAACACCAAAAAAGGCUUCUUUGUUGUCGAGGUUAUUCAGGAGGUCUAAACGUUCCCAGUGUCAAAUAGGUACUUUCGGUGCUCAAUUCCCGCCCUCUGAAUGGUUCAAUUCGAAAGCCGUGCACUUGCAUAGCGUUGGAACGCAAACAAUCGCAGGAAAUAAGGAAAACGGAUUUGACGUAGCAGCUUAUUUGGAAACUUGCACUUUAAACACUUCGAGAUCGGCCACCUUACCAAGAAAUCACCGAAGGCAAUUAUCGACUGAUUUGACAACCGGAACACCCACGACCGGAUCUCGCGAUAAUUCACCUAUCCCCAAUUACGUCAACGCGUACGCUUCCAGUACAUUACCCAGGAAGCACGCCUAUAGAAAUAGGGAUUGCUCCAGAAAGGCGAGCAGGAGCAGCUUGACGAAGCCGCAGACCAGCCAAGAAGACAAGGGCGAAAAGUCCCAAGAAUUCGCCGAACAAAACUCCAUCAGCGAAAGGCUAUGUACCCCUUCAUUGGAAUCCACCACAGCUAGUCAUAGAUCGACAACUAAUUUAAGCAUCGAAGACAAUUCGAGUUCCGUUACCGAUUCUCCCGUGAAGAACCUAUCCAGCAUAGACAACAGCGGACCGAGCAGCAUAGAAUCGCACAAGAGCAGCAAAACGGGAAGUUCGUUGACUAGCGGCCCGUCUAGUCUGGAAUCGCAUAAAACGGUGAUCAAUCGCAGUUUGCUGGAUUCCCCGAAAGUCGAUCCAAGGAGUUCAAGGAAACACCGGAAGGAGAGCAGCAAGCCCAAAGGAAGUCCUAAAACGACGAUUAUAUCGAGUCCUGCGAAGACUUCCGUGCCGCAUAGCAAUUCUUUUACUCUGCAAGUGACAACGAAUCAAAGUGGGACGACUUUCAACGGCAGUCCGGGAUCUAAUACGAAAAUAUUCGUGCAAAAUUCGCCGGUUCGAUCGAUAAUUACGCUGGAAAACGGGCAAAUGGAGAAGAAUCCUAACGUUGUAAUUAUCAAUAACGAAAAAGAAGAUGUACCAGUUUCGAAAGAUAAGUGCGAGAAUAAGCCUACAAAAAAUACUAACCAGCAUAAUUUAAAUAACUCGAAUACUGUAAACGUCGAUACUGUAAACAACGAACAAAAACCGGAGGCGAUGAACAACAUUCGGAAAUUAUCCCUACAGCUUUCUCCUAAGGAGAGUUUAAACUACCAUAAUGUCAUAAAGAACCAAGUGAACUCCAACUCGAAUCCAGACUCGCCAAUAGCGAAUACCUUCAGGGAUUUCUCGAAGAACUCGAUAUUCACCAGCACUCCUCCCAGUCCAACCAAAAGCUACGAAGGCAUACCGAUGUUCUCAUCUAUGAAGUACCAGAAAAACGACGUGGGAUCCAAGUCGUCGUUGGAGAAAUCCUUCCAGUGCCUCGAAAACGGCAAGGCCCUCGACAAGAACAUCAUGGGCUCCGAGCCGAACAUCUGCUACAAGGAGAGAACGCUGACCAGAGAGAACAGCAACCAGCAAUUCCCCAGCCUGAGCGACCUCAGCUUCAACUUCACCAGCCUGGCCGCCCAGAAGAUCCUGAAGGGCGUCAGCAUCAACAGCGUCGACACCUUGGUCGAGCUCAACAUGGCCGCUAAUCUAGAGAAGCAGAACAAUUGCGACGUCGGCGUCGGCGUCGUUCACACCGACUUCGGUCUCGUUUGA